AUACUCGGCAUAUAAAAUAUAUAUUGUGCGCAUAUAAAAUGGAAAUGCGCUAUCGAAUCAACUAGUAAAUAUGGAACACAAUGCAAAUAAAAGUGGAAAGCCCUCUGAGGAGUGGCUAAAUAGAGAUCCUGGGAUUGUGCAGGUGCAAUCUGAGGAUAUAAAUCGUGUGCAUAAUGAGGCCAAACGUCUUGGUUAUGUGCCGGCAAAUAUGGCAGCCGCUGGCGUCACUAAUACAAGUGCAGGUGAAAAUGUGAAGCGCACAACAGAGAGAAGUGAAAUACAGGGUGAUAUUUCUGAUGAGACUAUCUUAACUUGCGAAAGUGCUACCUCAGCAUUCUCUGAGACGGCGCUUUCUCAUAUGUUCUGUGAUAGCGAUGAGGACACUAACUGGACAAAUGCUAUAGUUGGAAUUGAGAGAAGAGCGGUGGGAGCAGCAACAACAACUACAGGAUCUACUUGCCAGCAAGUGCAACAACAGCAACAGACGCCAAUUCUCGCGGCAGAAGUGCCGCUAAAUGAUCCGCCAUUUCUGCCUGAGUCAACAGGGGCAGCAACUACAACAAGUACAAGAACAACCACUAGCGCAAAUGUCAUAGCUAACCUAGAAGGUGACGCGCAAAAAUUGGCGCCAACGCUAAGUGAAUGUGCAACAGGAACAACAAGUGGUCGCUUGCGUGAUGCUGCUAAGGUGACAAUGGCGGCAAAAUAAAUGGCGCUAAGCG